GACGAUAUACCUUAAUAUACGAUAUAGUAACUGAAAAUACGUAGGUAUUAUAAAUAUUUAAAAAUUACCACCACAUAAGUAUUUAAUAUUAGUUUAUUGCCUAUUGUAUUUCAGAACUGGGUAACCUCAAAUUUAGGAACAAUACUGUUUAAAAAUACGCCGCUGCCAGCACCAAGAAAUAAGACCUUCGUCGUUUUAGUUUGGAAAUAUUACGGCUGGUUAAAUAACAGACAUGUGAAAAGUUUUGAGCAUGGACGAACUGACCCAUUGGAUGAGUGUAGCGUAAAAAACUGUUUAUUUACCGGCGACAAUAGUGAGAUAGACAAAGCCGAUGCAGUGUUAGUUCAUAUACAACACGGUAUAUUACCAUCUGUCAAAAUAAGGAACCCAAAUCAGCGCUGGGUGUUCUUGUCAGACGAAUCACCGAUACAUACAUUUUCGAUGGCCAAGAACAAACCUAAGCUUGCGGAUUGGAAUCAUAUAUUCAAUUGGUCCAUGACGUACAGAAGUGAUUCAGAUGUCCCAGUUCCAUAUGGGCGUACUUUGCCGUUAGAAGCCCCAUUAAUGCCAAACACAUUAUCGGAAACGAUAUCCGAGUACGUCCCCUAUUGGAAAUACAAGCGGCGAGAUGUUCUUGUCACUGUUCUAAUGUCCAACUGCAAAGUCUCUAAACGUAUGAAUUAUUUGAAAGAACUGCAGGAACACAUCGAUGUAACUGUAUAUGGACAGUGUUCGGAAGACAACAAAAACAGUUGUCCUGGACACAUCAGAGAAGACUGUAACGUUGUAAACGAGUAUCUCUUCUAUUUGGUUCUGGAAAAUUCCCAAUGUCGACAGUAUUUGACCGAAAAAGGUUUUUAUAAUGCAUAUUCAAAAGGUGCUAUACCUAUUAUAAUGGGACCGCCUGUUGAAGAUUGCGAGAAACUUUUACCACCGAAUUCCUUUUUACACGUAGAUGAUUACCCUUCGCCAGAAUCUCUUGCGAAAUACAUUAUGACGAUAAGCAAAAAUGACGAUUACAUAUUAGCCUACCACCAGUGGAGGAAUGAUUUCAAAAUUGUGAACGAACAUGGAUAUUUUGGAUCUAAAUCGUUCCACUUUUGCAGAUUAUGUGAAGCUUUGAAUUAUAAUAAUUUAACUAGAAAUUCGUAUAGUUUGCUUGACUUAGAACUGUUUUUGGAUAUCAAAUUAUUGUGUGGUGAUAAAUAACAGAUAUCUUGCGAUAGUCGCUAUCUAUAAAAUUGUAUUUGGAACGAUAUAAGUACAUAUAUGACUAAUAGAUUUAUAUACGAAAAGAUAUAUAUAGUUUACUU